AUGGCUACCCAGGAAGCUCCCUCGACCUCGACCGACGCGUCUGACCGCGCCGCCGGCCCCCCUGCCCCCAAGCGUCAGAAGGCCGACAACGACGACCUUCGCAUCAAGCCUUCUGGAGACAACUCUCUCAAGAACGUCGGCGUCACCAAUCACAUCAACCAUGGCCCAGUCCAUCACGACCCUUCCCGCCACGGCGGCUUCGGCCCCUCCCACCCAGUUCCCCAGACUCCUCAGCCCGCCCCUCGCGCUCUCACUCCGACCAACAUUGCGGCCCGGAGGCUCUUGAGCACCCCCCACCUCAACCCUCUGGCUCCCCCUUUUCAGCCUCAGACGCCUGUUCCGAUGGCUCCUCUUUCUCGUCCCCAGACGUUCGUGCCGAUGGACCCUUUCCGCCCUCAACACCCGAGAAUCCCAGGUCCUACCUCCGGCCAGCCUCAGCAGUCUUUCCCCUAUCCGCCUAUGCUGAACUGCCUCGGCCAAGUCUGCCCCCAGCCGUCUCAGCAGCAAGGCCCCCGUCCUCAGGUGCGUUCUCCCAAGUUCGGUGAGGAGCAACUGGGCUACUUCACCGAUGCGCUGCAUGACCUGGCCGGGGAGAUCACCGCGUCCGGCUUCGAGGUUCCCUUCUCUGUCUCCGAUGAUGAUCUGCACAAACACUCCUAUGAAAACACAUGGGAACAGUUUGUCCGGGACUUCAAGGCUAACUCAGCCCAGAACACGAGACCUCUGUCGCCCUCCGACUUGCCUCCCGACAUGCUGGCUCUCUUUCGCGAUAAGGAGGAGUACGUCAAGAAGAACAUCAAUGCUAGCAAGGAAUACUUUAGCGUUCCUCGGGUCGCGGCUCGUGCUCCUUCGGCUGCUCCUGCGCCCAACUCUGCGGCCCCUGGUGCUCCUAUCAACCGGGCUAUCCAGCCAGCUCCCGUCAACUCCGGCCGACAGCAGAUUCCCGGAGCCCCCGUACGCCCGGCUAUCCAGGCGGCUCACGACGUUUAUGGCCGACAGCAGACCACUGAAGGUCUCGCCAACCCAGCCAUCCAGUCGGCUUCGUCCAACAACCCGACUCCUCCCCCUGCUGGCCGGCAGCAAACCGCCAAUGUCGUCGGCGCAACCCCGAAGAUCUCCGCGGCUGAUGGAGCCCCUACCAACCCGGCCGCCCAGCCAGCUUCAUCUAACGGCUCUGCCCACCCCAAGAAUGGUCAGCAGCAGACUCCCGCCGACGGCAGCGGAACCCCGAAGAUGCCGCCCAUGGGACACUUCCCGACGAGACCUGCUCUUCCUCCCAAGCGCAAGUCAACCAAGCGUAAGGCUCUCCACGAGGCUCCUGGUGGCGCUCCUGAUCUCGCCGUCGCCUCGUCUGCCAACGGUGCUCACGCCAACGGCCCUGCUAAUGGCCACUCGAACCGAGCCCAGCCCGCAAACCCCGUCAUGGGUGGGAACGCCUCGAUGGAAGGUCCCAAUGCUCGUCCAGCCGAAUUACCAGGCCUUGAGAACCCUCACGCAGACUUCCACCUCGGCACAGGCUUCCGCUCCAAUGUGCCCAGCACCAAGACCGAGCUAGGCCUGCUAAACACCCCCGUGGACCGCCGGAUCAGCCAUCCCUCGCCUCGUCCCGCGGCCGCUCAGCCUGCUCCUACGACCGGCGGUGCUCGUCAGCAUCUUGCAGCUGCUCCUCCUUCAGCCCAGCCAGCUGCUGCUGCUCGCCAGGGUGCUCCUCGGCCAUCUGUGGCUCGUCCUCCCCUCCACCCCAACGCCGGCCCUCGCCAGUCCUUCAUGGACCCUCUUCCUCCUCACAUGAGACCCCCGGCCGGCGUCCGUCAUCCUUCCGCUCAACCCCCUGCUGGUCCUCACCCAGGCCCUCGCCAGCCCUUCAUGGGCCCCCCUCCUGCCUUCCACGGCCCUCCUCGCCACCCCGACAACCUCAUCAUCUCCAGGUCUACCCUCAACCGCACCCUCACAGCCCUCAUCAACGCCCGCCGCGUUACCGAGAGCCUGAUCACCCAGGCCGACGCCGGCAGAGACUCCGUCCUGCUCAGAGAACAGGCGCGUGUCGUGGAGAGGGCUAUCAAGAACGUCGGUCUUGCGGCUGUUGAUCUGGCGCAGGGGGUUCGGGUCGAGGAGUACUGGCCUAAUGUUAACUUGGACUUGCUCUUGCAGUGA